AAGAAUUCGCAUAACUUCAUUUCAGGAAAUAGUGGCCCUGAAUGACUCGCCAUAUGAAGAUGCUCCAGACAAGUAUCGAAUCUGGGUUGAUGGCAGACAUGAUUUCGUUGUAAUGUGUCCACCAUCGAAACUCUUGAAAAAUGGAUACUUGCUAACACCAGAUCAAAAGGGGACAGAAGAAAGUUUCUGGAAACUUGUCAUAGAAAAUGAGUCUUACACCAUCGUUACCUUGAGCAAUGAGACCGGCAAAAACCUGAUUCCGCGUCCAAGUCAGACCCUGACAUAUGGCAAGACAACAAUCACUGCUCUUCAACAGACGUCUAUCACCAAUCAGAUAACUGAGAAGACACUGCAAAUUGAAACAAAGGGAGACGGAGAGAAGCGACAGAUUCAACAUUACAGUAUCGAUGGAUGGCUGCCCACAACUGAUUCUUCAACACUGACAUCCUGUCUGACAACAAUCAUGGAGAAGAUACAGUCGCAACAAGAGAACGUGAGAAUACACCCAGUCACGAUUGUGUAUAGGAAAUCUGAGGCCAAAAACGCUAUAACUCUGUGCAUCACAAACAACAUCAUGACUGGUAUGAGGCUGGACACAGAAGUUGAAAUAUUCAACAACGUCAGGAUAUUUCAGACAGUUCUUCCGAAUGUAAAAUUCACAAAGAAGGACUUUAUCUUCUUCUGCAACUUCGCCUUCAUGAAACUUGAAGACUCCUCGCUUUAUGCGAAUUGCCCUUCAUCGAGCAAGUGAGAUAGACUUUAAAACGCAACUGACUGCUGCCGAUGAUGCUGGCAAUUACGAAGAUGUUCCAAUACACCGUGUGACAUUUUAUGCUCUUUUUAUCUCCAGUUAGAGCCUUUUUUCUAAUAUUCAAAUAUGUUUCAUGAUUAUUAUGCAUAACCAAUAAUCACAGAAUGUACAUACAUGUUUGUUUCUUACAUUUAUUUUUUUGUAACAGUUUUUUAAUAUUGAUUUGUUGGAUCUUAUAGAUUGUAAAUUGUUGUUUAAGACCUAAAAGCAUUGUAUGUUUCAGGGAACAUGACCUUACCUAGCAAAACGGGCCGAACUUAAUUUCUUUUUGAUUUUUAAAUUUUAUUAAUAUGCAAGCGUAUGGCACCUUCCCUGAAACAUGUUUAGCCCAGAUAAUUUUGAUGUCAGUUUUAAGUUGCCGAAUGUUUAAAAGACUGCCACAGUGUACAAAUAAUAUUGUGUCGAAAAUACCAAAAUGUGAAAACAGAUUUGCGUAAUCUGAGCAAUCUUGUCGGACACCAGAUACAGCCCUGAUAGCUUUAGCUUUCAUGGCGCCAACACCCGGACAUUAAAUGUGAUUAAUAGUGUAGAUCUGUUUCGCAUGAAUUUUGAAUAUUUACAGUGCAACAUUGUGUACAGCAACUGACAGUUACUGAUUAUAUUAUUAGUUUUUUAAGAUAACUUAUGUUUAAUGCAAACUAAUGCUUUUAACAUUCGGUAAUGUAUUGUAAUACGUAUCGCAAUCUAUUUACAUACAUAGCAAAUCACUGAUGGU